AACGGGCCUGAAAUAUUGAAGGAGACAUAGAAGCCCGAAUUAUUGGCCAUCUCUGCGGACAGUCCCGUCGUCGUCGUCGAAACUCCAUUCCAGUCUCAAUCUCUCGCAUAUCACGGCUUGCUCUUCAAAUCCUCCGCUGCUUGUUUUUCAACUUCUGGAUAUUUAGUAGGCGAGAUAUGGAUAAGGAGACCCCCAAUAUAAAGAAAUGGAUUGUGCUUUAUCCGGUUUAUAUUAACUCGAAGAAAACUAUGGCGGAAGGGAGACGAAUCAGUAUCGCGAAAGCUUGCGAAGGUCCUACUUGUGCUGAGAUUGCUGAUUGUUGCACCUAUUUCAAACUCCCAUUUGCAAUUGAGAUAGAUAAGGCUUAUCCACGCGAUUUCAUGCAAAUUGGGAGAGUGCGGGUCUUGCUUAAAAGGGAAGAUGGAACUCCGUAUAAUCCAGACAUUACUUCCAGGAAACAACUGAUGCUGAAAGUUGCGGAGAUGGUUCCUAGACAUCCUGGGAGGACUAGGAAGCAGGAGCCUGCGGCAUCGACGUCAAGUGCUGGACCUGCCAAAUCUGGGAAACAUGGAAAGAAAAAGAGAUAGCUCCAGUCUCACAAAUCACUCAUUUGCCUUUGACAUUGAACGCUACCUGAUUGCGUACGCUCACAUCAAAUAGGAUCCUAGUUUUCGAUCGGUCGAAACUCAUUCUCAGCUUAAGACAUUUCAUGUUGUAUACCCUAGUUAUGUUUGAAAAUUCAUACGUGAUAUCAACCAUCAUGUUUGAGGACGAUUCAUUUAUUUUGGUUUGAACCCCUUUGGAAAGUUGGAGAUCA